UAAGGAGUUGCACUGCACUGAUCUUCAGUAAAUCUAUUCCGGCCGGCUGUGGGAUUACUGGCGCGCAUAGCCUCCCUCGGUGUAAGGCACUGACUGGAGUGAGGAUGUCUCGAUCGGAAGAAGUGAACCGGCUCACCGAAAAUGUCUACAAGACGAUUAUGGAACAAUUUAACCCUUGCCUUAGAAACUUCAUUUCCAUGGGGAAGAACUACGAGAAGGCUUUGGCAAGUGUAACGUUUGCAGCAAAAGGCUACUUUGAUGCCCUGGUUAAAAUGGGAGAAUUGGCCAGUGAGAGCCAAGGCUCAAAAGAACUUGGGGAUGUUCUCUUUCAAAUGGCAGAAGUUCAUAGACAGAUCCAGAACCAGUUAGAAGAAAUGCUGAAAUCUUUGCAUAAUGAACUGCUCACACAGCUUGAACAAAAGGUGGAGCUGGAUUCCAGGUAUCUAAAUGCUGCACUGAAAAAAUACCAGGUUGAACAUAAAAACAAAGGAGAAGCCCUGGAGAAAUGUCAGAUAGAGCUGAAGAAACUAAGAAAAAAGAGCCAGGGGAGCAAGAACCCCCAAAAGUAUUCAGACAAAGAAAUGCAGUAUAUUGAAGCAAUCAGCAGCAAACAGGGUGAGCUGGAAAGCCAUAUCUCCGAUGGGUUCAAAACAGCACUUACUGAAGAGAGGAGGAGGUACUGCUUCCUUGUUGAGAAACAGUGUGCAGUGGCAAAGAACUCAGCCACCUACUACAACAAGGGUAAAGACCUUCUCGCUCAGAAGAUACCAUCUUGGCAUCAGGCCUGUGCCGACCCAAGCAAAAUCCCAGACCGAGCCUUGCAGUUCAUGCAGCAGAUGGCUACUAACACCAAUGGCACCAUUUUACCUGGUACCCUCUCUGGACCACUCACAUCUUCAAAGUCUAGUCUGUCUAUAUCAGAUCCUAUACCUGGUGCCAAGCCUCUGCCUGUUCCUCCAGAGCUAGCGCCAUUUGUAGGAAGGAUGUCUGCCCAGGAAGGAGCUCCUAUUAUGAAUGGAAUCUCGGGUCCUCACAGCAACAGUUAUGACCACUGGGGGGAAAUGAAGCCUGUCCUGCCUAAAGCUUCACCCUCCCAACCACACAAGCAGAUCAGUGAUUCCUAUUCGAAUACCCUUCCCGCCCGCAAGAGUGUUCCUCCCAAAAACAGCUAUACAGUUGCUGAGAAUAAGACUUUGCCACGUUCCAGCUCCAUGGCAGCUGGUCUUGAAAGGAAUGGAAGGACACGGGUUCAGGCAAUCUUUUCUCACACUGCUGGUGACAACACCACCUUGUUGAGCUUCAAAGAUGGCGACUACAUCACCUUACUUGUUCCUGAAGCUAGAGAUGGGUGGCACUAUGGAGAAUGUGAGAAGUCCAAACUGAGAGGAUGGUUUCCAUUUUCCUACACUCGAGUUUUAGAUACUGGCACAAAUCGGACACAAACAAGCUUACAGCCUGGGAAGAGUAGCAGUACUGGGAACCUGCUGGACAAAGAUGACCUUUCUAUACCUCCUCCAGAUUACAACAUGGCUUCAAGGGGAUUUCAGCCUCAACCUGUGAGCACAUUCAAACCCAGACCUUACAGUGUGGCUGCACCGGUUUUCUCACAGGGUAUAGAAGAUUAUGGAGCCACACGUUCCACAAACAGUCUGGAAGCUGAAGUUGCAAGGUUUUGAGAGGUGCCUCCAGUUAAAGCCCUUUUACUGAAGUCCAUCUGAAACCAACAGUGACAAAUGACAGAUCAGCGCCACUUGUGAAGUGACAUAUCAGGCAUUUAUUUCUCACCCUAAGCUCCCACAGAAUUUUUUUAGCAGUGCAUCCUUGGGGAUGUCAUUAACCUUGCACUGGUGGAUGAAAUCCGAUGGACACCAGGCAGUAAUGACUGAUAAAGGGAACUUGUUUCAUAUAGCUCAUCUCAAUCAUAAACCAGACCUAAUAGUAACUUAUACUGACACUGGGUUUAGACAAUACCAGUGCCACCAUCCUCCAAAGCAUAAAUGAGUCUAGUCUAUUGACAGUGUCAUUGGAAAAGCAUAUGGAAUCGGCUAAUUGCCAUAUAAAAUUUAGGGAUUGGGGUAGUUCUUCAAAGGUGUCCACUGUGUCAGUGAGUUUAGCAAUACCACAGAUAUUUCACAUUUAUGCUUAUAUAAUCGAAAAGUUCAUGUUUUAAUAAAAGAUGUAAGGGGUUAUGUAAUUAAAGGCACUAAGUUUGCCCAGGAGAAUCUUUAGCAACCAAUCAGCAGGAAGACUUUCCUGGUCACAUGUUUAAAAGCAAACAUCUUAUUGGUUGCUAUGGGUUACUGCUCCUGGGCAAUCUUUGUGCUUUUAAUUACACAUUGGGGAACAUUUCCUAGUUCCAAAAUAUCUCCAUUAAACAGUGGCAGCAUUAUUCCAUUAGCAAGUGCAUACAAUAAUAAGGAAAGGGUCAGCAGGUACAUAGAUGGAAUGCAAAAUAACGACUGUAUAAAGAUAGAUAUACUGGCUAUUUUGUCUUUAUAGUAAUGUAUACAAGAAUAUAAACUGCAUAGUCCUUGUUUUCUGUGUAAGCAAAUCAAAGGGAAUAGGCUCUAAAAUCUAUGAAAAUCGAAUCUAUGUUAAUACUGGUACAGCAUAAGCAAUAUUGUGAUUUGCAGCAAAUAGUUUGCUCAUAGUUGGCUGCAUGUAUAUAUGCAUCUAUGCCUUUGGUGCAGGGUUAACUCCCUACAUGUUACUGGGCUGGCCCUUCCAGCAUAAAGGAGUUGAGUUAUCUCUCUAAUCAUAUGUAGUAUACACACAGUUAUCUGAAUAAAAAUAUUCUAAUGCCCUAUAUAAUGUAAUGAAGUUUGUUGCUGGACAACACUGGCAAUAGAAAGGGGAGGCCUCCACUUGGAGAUAUAAAGAAAUCGUGAUUUAAAUGACAUUAUUUUAUAUACUAAGGAAUAGUAAGUGGGGGAUAAGUAGUGUUAUCAUUACUCUGCAGCAAGGUUAUAGUAUAUAGUAACCAGUUGUUAGAUGUUAAGACUGUGCCUUUAUUGACAGUAAAUCGCACAAUAAAUGCAAGUGAAAGGCUUUUUUCGGAACCGGACAAAUUGAACUUGGAAACAUCAAACUGACACAUUAAUAAAAAGGCUUUUAUAUUAAUUCAUACAAAAUGAUUGCCGACCCAUAGAUUCCAUUUCCAACAAGUGCACAAGGUGGGUGCUGAGCACUUGAAACAGUUUCUAGGAGUCACACUGUCCAUUUGGUAAAAAAGAUAAAAUCCAAAAUUUAGAUUGGAUUCAUCUUGCAAUAUCAUUGCCAUAUGUAUGCAUUAUGGGCGAGGGCUUGAUAACAUUUGUUUUCUGUAUUUUUGAAUGUAAUUUUGCAUAGAAUAGUGCAGAACCUAUUAUAUCUAACCACAAGAUGGUGAUGUUCAGUCUUGUGUAACAUAAGAGACACUCUGAUGUGGGCAAAGAAUUCAGCAGGAAGCCAGUGUCCAUAUAGACAGCUAUCUGGGGGUAACAUGCAAUAUUAAUGCUUGUAGUAAUUUGGAAAAAUAAAAUUGAUAAUAUUUAAGAAUU